AUGUGCACCAAUUGCGAGCGCUUCGCAAAGACUGCAGAAAUUCACCAACACGACACUUCCACAAUCGGCCCUGUUGAUGUUGGCAAGUUCAACCAGCUGGUAAAGCUACACAAGCAGACAUGCGACCGCCGCGCAAGCGAAGCAAGCACCUCUUCUCCAAUCACAUCCACCGCGUCUCUACCACCUUCAAAUGAUCGGGAUUUUCGCAGACCCAGCAUAGCCAGUGAGACCUCUAUCACCUCUACCGCAGCCAGCACAAUGUCUACCGGCGGACGUCCACCAAUUCUCAGCAUUCCGGCUUGGACAAAGGUUGAAGAGUGGAACAAGCAGAACAUGAAAAAUCAACACAUUGGAUGA